AUGAGCUUAGCAGGAAGCCUGGGAGGAAUGGGAAUCAUACCAAAGAGGAAAAGGCAGAAAGCGACAAAAGUCUGCAGUUCACAAAGUAAACACGAAGUCAGAUUUCAAGAUCUGACCAUAUUUAUUGUAGAAAGAAAAAUGGGAUCAAGUAGAAGAUCGUUUCUGAUGGAUUUAGCACGCAAGAAAGGAUUCAGAGUCGAAGAUGUCAUGAGUGAUUCAGUCACACAUAUUGUGACAGAGAAUAAUUCUUGGAAUGAAAUUUGGGACUGGAUUCAAAACCUGAAGCUGUUAAAUGCAGGCAAGCUUAAGAUGCUCAAUAUCUCCUGGUUCACAGACAGCAUGGCUGCUGGAAAGCCUGUGGAGAUAGAGGAACGGCAUAAGCUUCAGGUGCAGAAGCUGCUUCAAUCAAAUUUUCCAUUACCUCCACCGGUGGUAACUAUUUCUCAGUAUGCAUGUCAGAGGAGAUCAACCCUCAACAAUAGAAACAAAAUAUUCACGGACGCACUGGACAUUUUGGCAGAAAAUUUUGAGUUUAAUGAAAAUGAAAGCACCUAUGUUGCAUUUGCAAGAGCAACUUCCUUAUUAAAGUCCCUUCCAUACACAAUAAGUAAAAUGGCAGCCCUGGAUGGACUACCCUGUUUCGGAGACCAGACAAGAGCCAUAAUUGAGGAAAUACUGGAAGAUGGGGUUAGCUCGAAGGUCGAGAAUUUGCUAUGUGAUGAGAAGUACAAAGCAAGAAAGCUAUUCACGAGUGUCUUUGGUGUGGGAUUGAAGACUGCAGAUAAAUGGUAUGGACAAGGAUUUCGGACAUUAGAGGCAGUAAAAGCAUCCAAGGAUUUAAAAUUUACCAAAAUGCAGAAAGCAGGUUUUUUGUACUACGAGGACAUCAAUAAUGCUGUAACAAGACCAGAGGCAGAAGCUGUAGCUCAAAUUAUAGAAACCAUCGUUCAUGGCUACACACCUGAUGCCAUUGUGACUUUAACAGGAGGUUUUAGAAGAGGUAAGGAGACUGGCCAUGAUGUGGACUUUUUGAUCAACUGCCCAGAAACCAUGGAUGAAAACUUUCUUCGUAAGAUAGUCAAUAAGCUGGACAUUCGGGGUCUGCUUCUGUACUACGAUAUGGUGGAGGCCACAUUUGAAAAAAGAAAAUUACCCAGCAAAAAAUAUGAUGCCAUGGAUCAUUUUCAAAAAUGUUUUCUUAUCCUAAAAUUGAACAAAGCGCUGGUGAAGAACAGAGUCCUCGGUACGUCUUCUGUGUCUGCAGCAAGGCCAACUGAUAAGGGGGCAGAACCUGAAGUAAAAACUCAAGUUAAAGAUUGGAAGGCUAUCCGUGUGGAUCUGGUCAUUGUGCCUACUCAGCAGUUUGCCUAUGCACUUUUAGGAUGGACUGGAUCAAGACAGUUUGAACGUGACUUAAGAAGAUACACCAGCCAUGAGAAAAACAUGAUACUGGACAACCAUGGUCUAUAUGACAAAAAGAAGAAAGUAUUCCUGAAUGCUAAGACAGAAGAAGAAAUCUUUGCUCACCUGGAUUUGGAAUACAUUGAACCGUGGGAAAGAAAUGCAUAA